AUGGCCAGAUUCGUUUCUUUGCUGUUUUUUCUCAGUCUGAACUUGUGCUGCUGCAGGUCCCAGGACCAGGGAAGCAAAAUGAGUGUGAAGCUCCGCAGCGGCGGUAGCCCCCUAACCCUGGGAGCCCCGGUGGAGCUGGAGUGUGUGAUCUCAGGCUCUGGGCUGUCCGACAGUGGCGUGUCCUGGAUGCGCCAGCACAGGCAGUCUGCCCCCCAGUUCAUCUUGUUCGUUACCUCCCUCAACCGGGUGGCACCGACAGACAAUGGAAAACCACCCGCACGCUUUGACGCAAAAAAAGAAAACAAAAACUACAGACUGACCGUGAAGUCCUUCCAGGAGCAGGACCAGGGCAAUUAUUACUGCAUCAUCAACCACAACCAGAGGCUGCACUUCAGUUCUGGGAUCUCACUCCACCUGCCAGCGAAAGCCCCAAAGAAAGGGCUGGAUUUAUCCUGUGACUUUUACAUCUGGGUCCCCUUAACCAGCGCCUGUCUGCUCCUCCUCAUUGCCCUGCUGGUCACCAUCACAGUGUGUCAAAAAACCAGAAGACGAAGAUGCAAAUGUAAAAGGCCUAUGAAUGGGAGCAAUGGAAAACCCAGCAUGCCAAACAGAUACGUGUAA